UUUGAAUUUAUUAGUUUGUUUCGUGCCUUUUGGAGCGGGUGUUUUGUGAAAGAAUCUCUAAAGUGUUUACCAUGACUGAUGUACCAUCGAUUAUCGAUCUAGAUAAAGUCGUCGAGCCUCAUUUAGAUGGUGGCAAAUUGCUAACAUAUACCAGCCGAUAUCUGACAAAACCAGGUGAUAAUUAUGGCAGUGUAUUAUUGGCCAUCAAUGCUAAAAUACAGACUAAAACUGGAACUAUCAAAGAGCUACCGUUAGUAGCGAAACUACCACCGAUAACCAACGAACUGCUGUGGCAAAUGUUUCAACCGGAACGGACAUGUUUAACCGAAAAUGCCGUUUACACAUUUCUAAGUCCGGCCAUAAAACAGUUACAACUGGAAGCUGGCCUCAAAGAGACCAUGCUAUACGAUGGUUUAUCAAAAUAUUACGGUUCGAGGGUAUCAUUGGAUGCCAAUGCCACCAAGGUGGAUAAAAAUGCGGUGUUAGUACAAGAAAAUCUACAGUCACUAGGAUUUCGUGCUGGAAAUCGCCAUGUAAUGUUCGAUUUGCAACAUGCCAGAAUAAUAUUGCCACAAGUAGCACAAUUUCAUGCAUUGGCCAUAGCAUUGCGCUUGAAACGGCCCGAUGAAUUUAAUAAAAAUAUACGACCCAAUUUUCGUAGAUUUGAUGUGAACAAUGGCAUGAGUGAAGAGGCAAAAUUACAAUUUGAACAAGAGCUAUUGGAUGAUGUAGCUGCUGCCACACAUAAUGAUGAAGUUAUUUUGCAAAGAGUUCGGGAAUUAAUUGAAGAUUAUAACAAUUUAAUGAGUUCGCCUGAUAAGGAAGAUGAUUUGUAUACAACCAUAGUACAUUUUGAUAUGUGGAUUAAUAAUAUCAUGAUUAAAUAUGAUGAAAACAAUCUGCCGUGCCAAGUAAAAUUAAUAGAUUUUCAAAUGGCCGAAUAUGAGAGUCUUGUCUACGAUGUGAUUUUCUUUAUGUUUUCCAGUCUUGAAAUCAAAGUUUUGGAACAUCAUUUAGAUGAAUUAUUUUUACUAUACUAUAAUUCGUUUAUAAAAUGUCUGAAUUCUGUGGGAAGUUCUACCAAGAAUUAUUCUUUUGAGAGUUUCUUGGAAGAAAUCCAUAAAUAUGCACCAAUCGCCAUUUGUCUGUGUCUUUUUAUGAUUCGUAUUAUUUUGGCAGAUGAUAGUAUAAUGCCGGAGAGUUUCAAAGAUAUGAAUAUGGAUGUUUUAUGUAAGAACGGCAAUCAAACCGUGACCCAGCGGACAGCUGAUGUCAUACGUUUGGCACAAAAAUACAAAUUUUUCUUUAGAGAUUAAUGUAAUUUAAAGCGCUUUUUCGAAUUUAAAUAGUAUUAUGUACCUAAUAUUAAUUCAUUAAUGAAAUUUAAUAUGUAUUUUAUAACAGUCGGAAACUAUUAUUUAUUAUAAAUUUUUUUGUUGUAAAUUUUCUAUAGAAAAUUUUGUUUAUAACAGUAUAACAGAAAAUCAUUUGUAUGACAGCAUUUUCGUGUUUAUAACAUUAUUUUUAUAGAUGAUUGUGCCGAAUCUUAAAUAAAUGUAUUGAAAAAAAAAUAGAAUAUCCUUAUUCAGUGAUCAUUUCCUGACACGAGGUGAUUGCAAUGCGA